AUGACCUCCUGGGUUGAUGAACUGGCCAACGUGUUCAAGCUUUUACCGGCCUUCAUUGUAUGUAGGUUUAAGUGUGUAGGGAAACUAUUCGACUACACCACAAACCCCAAAUUUUGUGCAGAACAAGCAAGUCAUAUGCUGUCACUUGGGGAUCAGCAUAUCUUCACGUCUCCGGUCUCUCACAUAAUAUAUGAUUCAGGGAUUCACCUACUUCAUUUAUUACAGAACGGGCCUUCUGAUGGCGUUCCAAAGGAGUUUUUGGAUUUCAUUGAACAGUCUGGCCAGAUCAUUUCAUCGUGGAAUGGAUUAGUUGUGGUUCGUUGUAGGCGGAAAAACCCAUUCAGUUAUUUCAUCUGUGAUCCUGUAACCAGUUCAUGGACUCCCCUCACCUCACCGUGCCCUAAUUACUAUGUUGAAGGUACUCUCAAUAUAAUUAUCAUCCCAUCUUCGAAUCCGACUGCCAAUGACUACCGCUUGCUUUCAAUGAUCCGAGGCCCUUCGAUUUUCAAACACUAUUAUGUCUUAAAGGAGUACAACCCUGUAGGGGACUACUGGCAAGUAAUUAACCCAAACAUGGGUUUGGGCGACCGUAAUGUCAAUCUUGGUCAACCAGCAAUUGUUAAUAAUUGGCUAUAUUUUAUGUCUGAUAAUUAUGAAUACAGCUUCUUCGGAUCUGAUCGCUUCUAUUUGCCAUACGUAGUGGCCUACUCACUCCAUGAUCAUACAUCUGUCCUGUUGGACCUUCCAAUUGAUGUUCUCCAGGAACCCUUCGACGGGAAGUUUGGGGUUUACACAUGGGGAUCUAGAUGGACUUCGAGAGAGUGUCUAUGUCUCGUAAGGUUUAUCAACUCUUCGUUCUCUGUGUGGACUUGUGCAGACUCGACUUCUGUAAUUGCUACUUGGGUUCAAAUUCUUCAUAUUACCAAGGAUGAACUAGGGCUGUCCGGUGAAAGUUUUUCUCUCUUCUCUAUGUACGUGGAACCGAUAAGAAAUCACUACACUGUUGUCAAUGGAGAUUGCUUAAUCUUUGCCACCAGAGAUAAAAUUUAUGCUUACAACAUAAACGACCCUUAUCCGUGGAAACUUUGUCAAGUUGGGAUAAAUGAAACCAGGACAAAUGUGAUCUUGGUUCCGUACUCCAGUACAUUUCGGAUUGUCCAUCGUGGUCAUUCAUCUUCCUUUAAUGAGUUUCUUGCAAACAACUUGAUUAGAAGAUAA